UCUCCCUCUCCCCAAACUCCAACACACACUAAUAAUAAUUCAAUUCAAUUCCCCACGCUCACCACUUCACUUCCUUUUCUCUUUCUUUUUUAAUUUCUUCCCCAAUUAUUGAAACCAUACACAACUGCCUCAUGGCUCCUCCUCCUUUCUCGUCUCUCUUAUUCUUUCUGUCUCUCUUCUCUGUUUCCUCUGUUUUCUGUGGUAACUUUUACCAAGAUUUUGAAAUCACUUGGGGCAAUGGCCGUGCCAAUAUUCUCAAUAACGGCGAACUUCUCACUCUUUCUCUAGACCGUGGCUCUGGCUCUGGCUUUCAGUCCAAAAAUGUUUACCUUUAUGGUAAAAUUGAUAUGCAACUUAAACUUGUCCCUGGAAACUCUGCUGGCACUGUCACCACUUACUAUCUUAAAUCCCAAGGCUCGACGUGGGAUGAGAUAGACUUUGAAUUCUUGGGCAAUCUCAGUGGUGAUCCUUAUACUCUUCAUACCAAUGUUUACACUCAAGGCAAAGGCGACAGAGAACAACAAUUCCACCUCUGGUUUGAUCCCACUUCCGAUUUCCAUACCUAUUCAAUCCUCUGGAAUCCACAGGGAAUCAUCUUUUCGGUGGACGGGACGCCGAUCAGAGAGUUCAAGAACCACGAAUCCUCUGGCGUUCUGUUUCCGAAAAAACAGCCGAUGAGACUGUACUCAAGCCUGUGGAACGCCGACGACUGGGCGACAAGAGGAGGGCUAGUGAAGACAGAUUGGUCUCAUGCUCCAUUCACAGCGUCGUACAGAAACUUCAACGCCGACGUAUGUGUUUGGUCGGCGGGGGUGUCGUCGUGUUCGUCUGACGCGAAUGUCGGCGGCAAAGGAUGGCUGUCGGAAAAUCUGGAUAUUACUCGACAACAGAGGAUGAAGUGGGUUCAGAGGAAUUACAUGAUAUACAAUUAUUGCAGUGACGCCAAACGAUUUCCUCAAGGCUACCCUCCGGAGUGUGCUCUCGCUUAAAUUUGGUCCUUCACUCACAUUGCACAUUUGGCAUUCAUUGCCGUACAAAAUUUGCAUAUUUUAUUAAUACUUGGUUACUAAUAAAUUAAUAAUAUAGUAUUGUUGUAUUUGUAUAUAACAAUAUGUAUAUCUGGUUUUGCAUGGCUAUGUUUAGGUGUUAUGUUUUCUUUCCCACUUUACUCCUAUUUGGGAAAAAUCAAUAAUAAAUAAUUGUCAGUUGCUUUUUUAUCCCAACAAAA